UAGGUAUCUGUCUUCGUGGAAGUCGAUUUUAGCAGUCGCAGUCACACAAACGGGAGAAGGAAAAAAUACUAAGCAGUCAAAAAGUGUACUUCUGGUCGGAAAUUGGCCAUUUUUCGGGAAAUACGAGUGAUUCCAGUGCCUGUGGGGGGUUCCGAGAGGAAGAUCCGUCGGUCAAGUGUGUGGGGGAAUGGUGUUUUCGGACGUUCCGGAUCGAAGGCAAAGGUAAAGAGCAGCCCAGCAGUCGUUCGCUGCAUUGCACAUAAUAGUACGCUGGUGGUGGAGGAGGAGUAGCAAAAAUGGAACAAGAAGCAGCCAUCAUCGCAGCUGCAGACGUCGAGGGUCGCUGUCGCUUGUGCUUCUCGGUGGAGGAUCUGACUUGUUCCCUCUUCCCGCCCGAAGGCGAACCCAGUCGGGAGGUGAUUGACAUGAUACUGGAGUGCACAUCGAUACGGAUAACCUUGGCGGAAGACUACCCAUCGAAAGUGUGCGAAAAGUGCUUGGAGACUUUAGACAAGUUUUACCACUAUCGGCAGCGAUGUCUGCAGAACGAUAAAAUACUGAAAUCUCAGCGCGGCAAGGCCAAACCUGCUCAGGAACGCCCGGUUCAAGUCAAGCAGGAACCAGAACAGCUGGACGACCCCCAAGAUUUGCUUCUUGCCGCCGAUCCGCCAGAAUCAGAUCAGCACGCUCAAUUGGUCAAACAGGAAGAUCCCGGAGGUUGUUCUUCCAUCCUGCGAAGUAUUCUGCUCCAGAGUCGCGAGUCAGGUCGAGCCACUUCCACAGCAUCAGCGGAACACGAGCCGGAACAGGACAAUCUUGCCGCUGUCGCCCAUCCAGACGAAGAUGAAGAUCACAAUGAACUGUCCCUGCCGAAAGAGGAACCGCAAUCGCAUGCGCAAAUCCCUCCCGCUCAGACUUCCCUUCUGCAGCAAAUGCUCCUUCAACAGCAGGGAUUCUCGUCCAGAGAAACUCACUCCCCGGCACAACCCGGUCCCCACGCUCUGGAAGCCUCCCCUUCGCUCCUAAAACGAAUGCUUCUGGAAGGAGGAGGUUCCAAUCAGGACCGUCAAUCGCCCCUGGAAGGGCCCAGCACUCUCAAUCACAGAUCUGUCACGGCAGCGGAAGAUCAACAACCUCCAAUCAACCAACACCACCACCUCCAUCAUCAUCAUCAUCAUCAUGACGAAAACCACAACGAAGAACAUUCCGAAACGCCACUGGCUUCGCAGUUGCGGGCUAUUCUGCUGCAGCACCGUGCGGCAGCGGCAGCCGUCGCAGCUGCUGCUUCCACUUCGACGGGAAUGAUGACAAUGACAACGACGACGGCAACCAGCUCUACUUCGAGCGGGAAUUUAACGUCCCACGAACAACAACAACAACAACAACAACAGCAGCAGCAGCAGCAACUACAGCAACAGCCGUCGGAGAAACCGGAAGUGUCCUACCUGAGGAGUCUGUUCCUGCGGAACGACUCCGACGGGAACGAGGACAGUGAUAAUGAAGUGACUGUCGAUCCGAACGAACAAACCAACCGGGAGAUGCUGUUCAACGUGUUCCAGGAGCUGCAGGCGAGGAACGAGCAAAAUUCCGACGACACGGACGACUCCGAGGAUCGUGCCUUCGACUACAGGAUUCCGAGCGUGCGGCGGCGCAGUUCGGAAUCGACAGACUCUCGCAAGCGCCGCCGGAUGGACUUCACCUGUCUGCUGUGCGGUCGGCCUUUCCUAAACCGAUCCAAGCUGUUGCUGCACAUGCGAACCCAUAUUGCUGGGCAGGAAUCGACGCCACCGCCAUCGACGGUAGCGCAGAACUCAACUACGGCUGCAUCAGCAGCCGCCGCUGCCCUGGCAUCUGGUGGUGGUCCGCUUGCUACCGCAGCAGUCGUCGCCGCAGCGGCUGCUGCCGCGGCCGCAUCAGGUCCGGGUGCCGGUUCGCAACUGCACGGCGACAAUGCCGGCACUGCGGAGGACGAUGAGGAAAGUCGCCAGAUCGAACUGCUGGAGCGACGUUCGUAUGCAUGCUACAUCUGCAGUGCCGAUCAGAACAACCUGCAGCAGCUCAAAGAACACCUGUUACUCGCCCACCAGGACCGGAUCCGGUCUCGGGGUCGUGCCAAGGAACGACCGAAGCCGCUGAUAAACUGUAACUUUUGCAGCCGGCAGUUCCGCAGUCAGUUUGCGUACGGGGAACACCUGCGGACGCACACCGGCGAGCGGCCAUUUCCGUGCGAUCAGUGUGAUAAGCGAUUCCCACGGCGCUUCCAGCUGCUAGGCCAUCUCUACAACGUCCACAAGCAGUCCUGGGUGGCGGACGAAUCGAAGGCGAAGUUUGUCAAAAAGUAGCACUCGCAGCAAAUUACGAAUCAGAGAGAAAUAGACGAAACGCGUCGGGUGGAACUCGAUGCCGACGCGUAGACACUAAUAGAAUGAUGAUGACACAGGAAAAUAAGGUCUUUCGGAUGGCUUCGGGCUGACGGAAGACGGUAGUUUGUUGAAUAUCUUCCGUUUUAAUUUUUUUUUAUUAUUUUUUUUUGAUACAUUUAUAACGAAUAAAGAAAAUUAUACCUUUUAUUAUCUGUUGAAAAGUAUAGCAUACAAUUUUAUACGGAAUAUUA